AUGCAUAACAAGAUCGUUAAAAUCGCAUCCAGUGCACUAACGGGGGGUAAACUGCUCGAGAAGCUGAAACCCCUGGUUCACUGGGAAGCACAAUGGGACGCUAGCAGAACUAAAUGUCUAGGAAUAACAAGAGAAGUGACUUUCAAGGACUACGAGACCACCUGGGCUUUUCUGACUCGCGUGUCAAUGAGAUCUCAUCUUUGGGGCCACCACCCCCUGAUCCACACCAGCUACACCUGGGUGAAGCUGGAGCUUCGCACGCAUGACACAGAGCCAAAAGACACGGAUAAGGGUCAGCUUAGUGAUAUAGAUGUCCGGAUGGCCAAGAGAAUAGAUUCCUACAUCGAUGAUGGAACGCGUUGA